AUGUCUCUCGCAACAACAAUCUAUUCAACUAUCUUCAAGCGUAACUCCGUCUUUGUCGGAACCGUCUUCUUCGGAGCAUUCGCAUUCGGAAUCGCAUACGACACAGCAACCACACGUGCAUGGAACAAUCACAACAAAGGAAAGCUAUGGCAAGAUAUUCGUGAUAAAGUUUCAGCCGAACAAAAUGAUUAA